AUGGCGAAUCACACGCAAGAAUUUGCCUGGCCAUUUCCGUCCAAGGACGUGUGGAGAAAACGCCCACGCCAGCCAGCACUUUGCUGCUCUCCAACAAGCACUUGGCCGGCCCCUAAACUCGACACGACGAGGUGGCAGGUGGGUACUACAGAGGCCUUUGGCCCAAACGUCGAGUUUCAGGUGACAGACUUUGUGACAAUCGCCUUGGACUCGUAUACGGCUAGGGAUCUUGUAGGUAACCGUCGUCACCUACUCUAG